UUCACGCGCUGCGCUGGCGGCGGCGGCGGCGGCGGCGCGCGGUCACCAGCCAGUCCUCGCUCCUGCACCAUGCUCGCCGCACGCUCGCUCGCGCUCCUGUUGCUCGCCUCCCUCGCGCUCGCCGCCGCCGCGCCGCCCCCGCACGUGCGCGCGCGCAGGCAACUCGCCGACGACAACACACUACAGCCCCUAGAGAGUGGCACUACGUGGCAGCGCCAGGCGAGCCCGAGCCGCUCUCGCGGAUCGUCGUCGGUGAUGCGGGUGCAGCGCCAGGCGCAGGCGCAGAUCUCCACUACCACGGACGGUAUACCAGUCUUCGACCGGAACAAGGUCAGCCUGGACUUCCCGGGGAACCUGUUUGGGCCGUCCGUGUCGUUGCUGAUCCGCACUACUAAGAUCAUUGGUGACGUCAUACAGAACUCAGCGGUGCGCUACCAGUCAUUCCUCCGUUUGUUCCGGCCGCUGUUCCGCGGGCCAUUCGAGAUUAAAGGACUGGAUCCGGCCACCACCACCACUACCACGACCACGCCACGCUCGGUAGACAACGAGGUGCGCCGGCGUCGCCAUCUACCGGCCACAGCAUGAACUAACAUAACUACAGUGCUGCUUGCCGUUCACUCAGACGCAGAGAGAAAUUCUACGAAUGCUCGUCAUGAAACCAUGUCAUCGUUGUUACGCUUGCUGUGAUUAACAGCAGGACGUAAUGUAACUCAUCAGAUAUAGACGUGGGUGAAUUUACAUACAGUUGGUUUCGGUGGCGUAAACUCACCUUAGACAUACAAUACAAAAAUACGCCACCGAAAUUACGUGUAUUUACGGUGGCGUAAGUUCUCUCACGUCUAGACUCAAUUUCAUGAUGUUUCAAAAUAAUAACGACAUAAACAGACACAUUUUAGAUUACACAAAAUAUGACUAUUGAAUUAAAUAAUGCUUUCGCGUAUUUCUCUCCUCUGAGUAGAUGUCGCCAUACAAUAUAAAAGUAGGUACCUAUCUAUUUUAGAUUUAAGUACUUAUAUAUUUUUUAAUUUGUUGAUAUUAUAAGAUGCUCAAUAUUAUAUUAAAGUAGGCGAACUCGUAAGACCAGGGCCAGCAAAAUUAUUUAUAUUUGAUACCAAAAGAUUUUUCUAUAAUAGAUUAUAUUAAAAAUAAAACAUUACCUACCUAAAAAAA